GCAAGCUGAUGACCUUCUACCUCUACCGUGUGGACAACGACCAGAGGUACAAGUUGAACGGUGUCAACAUGGCCAACCUUCUGGGCGACAUUUGGUAUCUUCACAACGAAGUGGUGUUCAAUUGCCCCAGGAAGUUCAACAUCUCCCGGUUGACGCGCUUCAAGGUCACCUACCGUGCCACCAAGGAACUCUGGGGUCAGAACAAGAACUUUGACAGCUUUGUGGCUUUCGACAAGGCCAAGUGCACAGUGCCUGGAUGCUCCAUGCUCCACUGGCUGCCGCUCGGUUACGUCAUCGGUUGCACGAAGAAUGAUGUCGGCAGAGUGGCAUUGCCGGGUGAAGCUGCUUGGUUCUCGCUGCCCGGGACCUGCCCCAGCAAGUUCUACUUCCAGAAGUCGAACGAGUGCGAGAAGAGGGAGCCGGGCGGCCAGUGCAAGGGUGGUCAGGUAACAGGUGAGCGCGACUGCACCUAUCAGAUUGAGGAGGCCGGCGAGAUUCCUUUGGAUGAGCUCUCAGGUAUCAAGAACUACAACGACGUUUGUGAGAGCACUGGGGUGCGGGAGUACGAUGAGACGACCGACAAGGGCACGGGAACCAGCUUCUGGAACGGAAAAGCGGACCCGAAGAAGGGUGCGGAGCGCGUGAAGUUCAUCUCGGACCUUUUUGCAAAGCGCUUUCCGCAUUUUCCGGCGCACUUGGAUGAUCCUCCUUGCGAUGCAUGA